AUGGUUCGCAGCAGCCGAAUUGCUGGCAUUAUCUCCUUAUUCGCGGUCGGUGCUUCCGCCGUCGCCAUCAAACGUCAAGACACCUCGAAAUGGACUGCUACCAAGUACCAAUGGGGCUGCUCUCCUGGAGGCUGCAGCGCAACAUUCAAUCUCGAAGGUCCCAAGAACUACCCACUCGGCGCACCAGCUUUUAGUGUUGUAUGCAGUCCUGUCUACAUUCAACAGGACUGGGUCGAGUGCAAAAACCCCGAUGGCAGCGAUAUGGGCGCCUCGUCAAAGGUCUAUUCCGUCUGGCAAGCCGGCCCCGACGAACAGGAACAGUACAUCAGCAUUGCACACAUCUACAACAACGGCUCCUGGUACGAGGCACGGUCCGGGCCCAACGGGCUUCUUCCGGAGAAAGGCGCGACCAUAUUCUUCGUUGUCAACAGUGUCGUCCCUGCGGCAGACAACCACCUUCCUCCCCCCACCAAAACUGCAUCGCCUACCCUCGGGGUUCAUCUGGGCGAGAACGGCGAACCUGCUUCCACUAACCAGGGUGAUAAGGCCUGA